GAGAUUUGUAGAUAUAUAAACACUUAGUGUCCCCAGUAUGUCAAGAACACCUCCUCAAAGAUCAAAUCACAUCCUUCACGAGGAAACUUUUCAACAACAGAUUGCUCGGCUUUCAUGACCAACAUGAAGAUCACACUCCUCGCACUUUUUGUGAUAAGCGGAACGUGGGCGGCGGAUUUGCGGUCGAAUUGGAAAAUUGGACAGCCGGUCAGCACUUCUAGUGGGCAUGUCAUAGGUGGCAGAGCCAGCGUUGGUUCAGAAGUCUCUGGGUAUUUUGGAAUCCCGUAUGCAAAGCCGCCGGUAGGCAAUCUGCGAUUUGCCCCGCCUGAGAGGUUUGAAGGAAAAGAGACGAUCAAUGCUACGAGCUUUGGUGCAUCUUGUCCCAUCAGCAGUGACUUCGGACCACUAGCGGAUGCGAACUACACCAAUGCAAACUUCACGACAGUAGGAAUGUUUCUUGUCACCGUUUUGAAUCAAACGGGAGAUGUUUUCAGUGAAGAUUGCCUGACUCUGAACGUCUGGACCAAACCACAAGUAGGGGAAAAGAAAAAGGCAGUCAUGGUCUGGAUUGUUGGAGGAGGAUGGACUACCGGUACGACAAACAAUGUUUAUGGGAACGAUGGUGAACACAUCGUUGAUGAGGAAGAUGUCAUUGUCGUCUCGAUGAAAAGUUAUCGUCUGAAUAUCUUUGGCUUUCCAGGAAUUCCAGAUCACCCAAACAACCUCGCCCUGCUUGACCAAAGGCUUGCAGUUGAGUGGAUACGAGACAACAUAGCCAGUUUUGGUGGCGAUCCAUCCCGUAUCAUUCUGUUCGGACAAAGCGCUGGUGCGGAAGGAGUAGAUUUCUACUCGUAUGCUUGGACAUCGGAUCCUAUCGUCAAAGGACUUAUUAUACAAUCUGGUUCCACGGGUCUAAGAGCAUAUCCAAAAGAGGACUCUGCAGCAGCUUGGUACAACGUCACUUCCACGCUUGGUUGCGGAGACUCGGCGUCAAAUACUAGUGUGGUACUUGAGUGCAUGAGGCGCCAAACAACCGAAGAUAUUCAGAAAGCCAUUCCAUUACAGGUUGUACCCGGUGGCUCUGCUGCAUUUUGGCCCACUAUUGAUGAAACCGUAGUCUUCUCGGAUUAUCCAGCUUUGGCUGCUGAGGGGAAAUUUAUCAAAGUGCCACUCCUCAUCGGGAACACAGAUAACGAAGCUGGCUUCUUCAAAGCCAUCGGCACAAUCUUAGGUGUCCACGAGUCUGAAAUCUUCUGGGACCAAUUUAAUCUUGCAACCUUUGUUUGUCCUUCAGCCACUCGUGCGAACGCCAGUAUCUCGGCCCGUCUCCCAACUUGGCGCUACCGUUAUUUCGGCAGCUUCCCAAAUCUUCAGAUCCAGUCCAAUCCUGAUAGUGGAGCAUAUCACUCAUCUGAACUGAGUCUCUUGUUCAGUACAAUCCCUCCUACUGGAAUUCCAGGAAUACCUCCUCCCACAGAAGACGAAUUCCAGUGGGGGAAAUAUAUCAGGGGUGCGUGGGCAACAUUCGCCAAGGAUCCAGAAAGAGGGCUGAAUAGAAUUGGCUGGCCAAGAUGGGAUCCAGAGAAACGAACUUUGAUUAGAUUGGCAUACGGCAAUUGCACAGGUCCAAACGAAGCCUCACCACGAAUGUAUGAUCGUUGUGCUUGA